AUCGCACUCUAAUUUGACGGUGUGAAGUGACGAAAUGGAUUGCUAUGUUCCUUCCAAGACAGUUCAAAAAGCAACCACUCCUGGUCACCACACAAGGGAUCUUCAAUCACUUUAAUCUGCAAAUCGUAUCCUCUCCACCUGGCAACCAACAAGAAUCUUGCCAUCUCCGUCUCCUUCAAAUACCCUCCCCUUCCCAAUGUCUUCCCAUCCACUUUCCUUCCAGAACAUGUUGCGCAAAUUGUCCUCGCCCUCAUGUAAUUCUCACAUGAAUUAUUCGCUCUUCCAGCCCACUUGUAUUCCUCGAUCCGCUAAUUCUCAGCCCCCUUCGCCCCUGCCUUGUCUCGCAGCUUCGUUUAUCCCUGUAUCCUCCCAGAUGUCAGAUAUUACCAUCCCUCCAUAUCCCCGCUUUCAUAACGACUCCCCCAUGAAUUCUUCUUCAACAUCCUCAGGCAGCAGUUCUUGCGACUUCCCUACCACUCGCUCCUUGUACGAGCAAUUCAGAAAUACUCGGUCCCGCGUCCUGCUCGUAAGUACUUCGACUCUUCCCUCCUUUCCACGUCUGAAUUCGCCGUUUCAAGCUUCAAAGAGAUCGUCGCUGGCCAUUGCCAUCAUUUGUGGACGUGAUCGACGUGCUUUCAUCAGACCGCCAGUCUCUAUGUGGGCCCCAAACGAGUCCAUCGAGCCAAACGACAUCUGGGCGAUAUUUCAGUCGCACGAGGAUGCCUGCACAACCCUCUCUCUUUCUCACCCCUCCAUAACCAUCACUCCUGCUCUUCAGACAGAUUUGGAGCCUUUCGAUAGGUUACGCAGAGUUGAUUCCCUGUUCAAGAAUUCUUCUUAUCCUCCUAGUCUCCGCAUGUCCCUGUCAACGCCUGACCUUCACAAGUGCGCACAAUUCGGCACGCCUGCGAUCGCCCAGACUAUCGGCACACCAAACGACGAUUUUGUCAUCUCCAGCAAUCCCCCCAAUCCGCGAACGACGUUCAGAUUGGGUGACUGGAUAUGCAAUUCGCCCAACUGCGCAGCGCACAACUUUGGACGUAAUUUAGCUUGCAGAGGCUGUGGAUGUCCACGUUCUGAAAACCAACCCUCGACGAUGCAGCGACAAGGCUCUUGCGGCCCACCCCCCUCACGUCUUCCAGUAUCACCUCGCUUCGUCAAUCCAUCCGGACACACUCCCAUGCCGCAAAGUAGUCUUUCUCCAGUUUCCUCUCCUCUUUACCCCAGCCACGGCGUGCGUCAUGCACCCCCGCCUAUCCAGGCCAGCAUGAUGGGUGCAAAACCUCCCUCGCCCGCCCACCCUCUCCUCACUCCGUCUGGUCGUUCUUUUGCGGUAGGAGGCAAGGUACAAAACGUCUCUUCGGACCCGUUGUCGCCGUGCGUCAUGUAUUGGCCGGAUAACGAAUCAUUCCCAGAAGCAGGGUCAGAUCCGACCAAGCAGCUUGAUGGUCGUUCCAGUAAGCAUCCCCAGCCCCCGAUCCUGAACACUGGUAAUCGUGGACCUAUCGAGCAUCAGCCCGGUGAUUGGAUCUGUCACAAGUGCAAUUAUUUGAAUUGGAGACGCCGCAAAGUUUGCCAGACUUGUUUCCCCUAUGCGGAAGGAAACGGCGAUUCCAUCUCUGCUGCUGUGCAAGCGGAGCGCAUCAACUUACUUACGUCGCUCCUCGCGCAGAACCAGCUUCCGCUCGCGAGUGGCCCCACACCCCUUCCAUCUCAAGCUCCCCGGUCUCAUUCCAUGACGCCCCCACAGCGCCGUCGUAUGUUCAUGGACAAUGUUCCUCAGAAUCAAGUGCCAUACCGAUCUCGCUCACAUUCUAACUUUGACGCGGGCACUCAAUAUUCAGACCCUCAGUUCAUCUAUGAAACGUCUGCUCCCCGUCGCACCUCGCCGUCUUCGUUCCCAAGCCUCGGUGAUCUUGAAGACAGUCUCCCUUCCAAUAUCCCUGCUCCUUUACUUCCCUCUUUUUUGCAGGAUAUCGUGCAAUCCCCCACUCUCUCUCCGAGUUCUACCUCGUCCACCGACCUCUCUCCAGAGGAUUAUGACGAUGGAUUCUCUUCGGAACGCUCAUCAUUUGGGAAGGAUCGCAUUGCCGUGAACGACUCUCCUUCGAACCUACCUGUUAGCAACAUCUGGAAGCUAAAUGACGAGGAAACGAAGGGUAUCGCAGGCGUUGCAUUACCUCACAUUGGUUUGAUAGGGAGCAGGAAAAGUAGCUACGAGGCGUUGCGUCGCCGACUCAAUUCGCCUUGAUUUCACCACGUAUAUUAUACAUUAGGAAGGAUACCGAUAAGCAAGACCAAGUGCGGACACUACAGGUCUUCACGGAUGGACAUGCGGACAACGUCCUGGUUGUUGUAUGGGGAAUACGGUUAGAGUGAUUUUCUGGUAUUUUUAUUUGUUCUUUCCCUGGUGCUGGCUCAUAUGACGGACUGCUUGCCUUGACGCAAGACGUCCUCGCGCAUUUUUCUGCUUCAUCUUUGCACUCUCAAGUUGGAUCUCGCAAUCGUACCAGCAUAUUCUGCAUGUUGUUUAUCUUGGUCAUUUAUUUUAUCUUGGAGUUCUUACGCCUCCCUUAUGUACUACUGCAUAGUCUAAUUGUGUUCGUAAAAGUUUGCAAUAGUAUCCAUGUGUUCACCUGGCAA